AUGAGUAAUACUGGAGAAACGGCUGGUCCUGCUGCAUCAGCAGCCGUGGAGCAGUCCCCAACGAAAUGCCAGGAGCCGAGCAUCAGGGCGAAAAUUCGAUUAACGAACGAGCUACGCCGGAAAUUCAAAUUCAACGGAACGGAGUACCGUUUUAGGACGACACAGUAUUCGAUCCAGGGCGAUCGAAAGUACCAGGAAGACCAGCUGCUUGUUUACGAUGACGAGGAAUUCAUGGCUUUCGGAGUUUUCGAUGGUCAUGGCGGGAAAGAAGCCGCCGUCUAUGCAAGAGACAACCUCAUCGAGAACAUUCAGAGACAACCUGGCUUUCUUUCCGAGUCGCCGAGCCUCAUGAUGGAGGCGAUCACCGACGGGUAUCUCGCAACUCAGGAAGCCAUUUCGGAAGUGGCCGACAGCUGGCCGAAGACGGGCUCCGGGCAUCGAAGUACAUCUGGAACGACAGCUAGCAUUGUGAUCGUCGAUCUGAGAAAUGCGAAACUCUACACGGGACAUGUCGGGGACAGCAGAAUCAUCAUCGGGAGUACUCUCGAAAACCGUGAUCUGUGGGACUCGACGUCUCUGACCAAGGACCACAAACCCGACAACGUUGAUGAGUUCCAGCGUAUCAUGUCGCAUGGAGGUUCCGUCGUGGUGAAACUCAAUGUGUCUAGGGUCGUCUGGAAACGAUCGAACCAACACGGAAGCGUCGAUAAAGUGCCUUUUCUGAGCAUAGCUCGCUCGCUGGGGGACCUGUGGAGCUACAACGAGGAAACCGCCGAAUACGUUGUGUCACCCCAGCCGGACGUCGACUGUUACGAUUUGUGCGGACAGUUCCGCUGUCUGAUUCUGGGCUCGGACGGAUUGUUCAAUAUGGUUCCGAAUCUCGAAACCGUCAGGGUCAUGCAAGAGGUCAUGGAGUUCAACGACAAGCACAAAGAAGCUGACAUACGGAGGAACGCUGCAAGUGAACUAGUCAUUCUCGCAUUGAAUAAGUGGAGGUCUAGAAAACUUCGCAGUGAUAAUAUUUCCGUGUUGACAAUCGCUAUCGAAACUUCGGAUGCCUCGGAUCAGACCGAAGAGUCCGACGAAGAGGAGAACUCGACACCACGAUUACCCCUCAACCAUCUGAAUCAAAACCGGGCUUGUGCGGGCAUGAAACGAUCUCGGAGCUUAGACUCUGUGUGUCCGAAGCCUGCUAAGGUUCACAUAAUGGAUCUGCGCGGAGCCAAAGACCGGGCAUGCAAACGAUCAUCGAGCACUACGACAAAAAAUUAGUAUUCGCAAGAGAUCCCUCGGCCUACGACACAGUCGGCACGCAGUGAGCGAUGGCGGCACAAUGGUCUCUAUACACAAGCGUUGCCUAUCUGAGGCACUGAAUUUUUGGAAAGUUCCGAUGACGGUGCGCACGAGAUUUGGAGUAUUCAUCGACAUCGCCGUUUCGCGGGGGGCAGACACUGCGCAUAUGCAUCCGAUAGUUCAUCCGCCGUAAGAUCGUCAUCACCAUGGGGAAUCGCAUGAUUCGGAUGCGAACGCUAUUGUUAAGUUUCGUGACGAAGAACUUCGGACCAAAAACAAAACUUUUGUCGUAAUCCACGACCAUAUUCCGGAGCGGGCGAUCCGCGGAGGAUCGGAGAGGAAGCGCGCUCUUGUGGCUCAGACGUGCUCAAUCAUAGUCUCAAUUAAACGUUCCGUUCAUCAGCAUAUGUCGUACUAAAGCCGAGUACCUGAUAUUGUUGAAGUGCGAGGAUGGUGUGUUUCCGUUGGAAGGCAUGUUCAAAACGACGACGACGACGAGCGAAGCCAGAAGUAUUUGUGUGUCUGAAUGCGUGGGUGGUUGCUUUGACUCUUUUUCCGCGUGGCCCGCGCACUUUACGUUCCAGGCAGACUCCAUUGAGGUGGAAUCGAGAAAUUAGCGUGAUUGGAUGAAUGUGGAUCGCUCAAUGUUUUGCGCCGAUUAUCUUGCCUCAGACGCUCGGGGGGACGGGGAAACCAAACCGAAACGCAACAUUGACCGACUGUAUAGCGCCUCGUUCGGAGGCCGACCUCAUCGACGUUUAUUCGCUGUUUCGAUUCAACGCCGCGCCGUGUUCCUCUUGUUGACUUGGAUCUCUGUGAAGUUCGAGAGAUCCUUCCGUGCACAUUAUUAUAAAUCGAAUUCCAUGGUUGUCUAUACAUCUCUAUGUAGAUAUAUGUAAUACCCUCUGCGAUGCAUCGGUUCCUUCCGUUAGUUCACCGCUUGCUGUCGAUCGCCCCCGUGUCUUAUUCUCCGAACGAUAAGAUAAACUCAAGAGACGAGAGAGAAUCUACCGCUGUACCUGUACGGAGUAUUUUUUGAUAAAUUUACAAUGAGAAAAUACCGAGAGAAAACUGACGUGAUGGUGUGUAACUUCGAAUGUUCCAAAUGAAUGGUUGCCCAAA